AUGUCUCAGCCGAGCUUCAUCAAGCAAGAGGUGCGCGCCAAGCUACCCCAGAGUGCCAGCGCCGAGAAUCCCGAUAAGGUCGAGAAGCCUAAGAACCUGAAGCGCGAGAACCUCAAGAAGGAGGAGAAACCGCUUCAGGACGACGAGGAAUCCGAGGACGACGAGCCCGAGGACGAGGGGCCCGAGGGCGACGACCCCGAGUCGGUCCACGCGCCUGCUCUACACCUGCUGCCCGAGCGGUCCAUGGUUGACCGCCACGAGAGCCGUUGGCGAGACAUCUUCCCCGAGAACGCUGCUCUUCUCCUGAGAGAUUGGCGAGGGAUCUUUUCCGAGGAGAGCCUCCCAUUUGAGAACGCCCAAGACAUGUUCGAGGGGCUGCGGCAAGAGCUCGGGCUCCCACGGCCGCCCGAGAACACGCAGCAGCACCUGGCCGAGAACGCGCAGCAGCACGAGGCCGAGGUCGAGCACAGCGGCGACGAGCUCGAGGCCGAGGCCGAGAGUCCGAAAUUUCGAGGGUCUGAGAUACCCAAGGAAGCCGGGAGCGAGACCGCCGAGCUCGACGAGGAGGACAGCAGGCCCCAGGAGCUAGCGCCCGAGGAGAGCAAGCGCCAGGAGCAACUGCCCGAGGAGAGCUCUCGAGAGCCCGAGGUGCCCGACGACGAGGACAGCACGCGCCAGGAGCUCGUGCCCGAGGAAGUCAAGGGCCAGGAGCUCUUGCCCGAGGAGAGCGAGCGCCUCGGAGAGAACGAGCAUGCCCGAAGCGGCAUGGCCAAUCAAGUGACGGCGUCCAAGAAGCCAGCGCAGGCCGCGAGGGGGUCCAAGCCCGCUGUCGUCAAGAGGCCAGCGCAGGCAGUUUCGAGGGAAUCCAAGCCGACAGUCUCGAAGAAGCCGUCGAGGGCGCAGAUCGAGAGGAAGGCGAGCGCCGACAAGUUCGACGCAGUCGUCCAGGUCGAGACGGAGGUCAAGAUGGAGACGACGCUCAAGCCCGAGGGUUCAUGGAGCGAGACGGAGAUCGAGACCCGCCUCGACCCCGCCCAAGAGGCCGAGCUUCAUGCCUCUUGGAGGGCCGAGAGGUUCAACUCGGGCGAGCUCACGGGGCCCCAGGGCGACGAGCCCCAGAUCGAGAACGCCAAGGUUCUGCUCAUCUGCGUCUGGUCCGACAACCCGAUGCACUACACGUACCUCAAGGUGACCGAGGGGGAAUUCCAGGACGUGGCCAUCGAGUGCCGAGACUCUCUCAAGGUGCCGUCCGAGUCCGCCAUGGAGGCGCAGCAGGCCUCGCUCUGCCCGGGGCACCGCUCUGCGGGGUGGUUCCCCGCGGCCGCUCGGGGCGGCGAGCAGCCAGACCACGCCGUCGAACUCUGCAGAUUAGGCGGAGACGGCGCCGGGAUUGACUGGGACGCUGUGAUCAUCGAGGGACAGGUGGUGUACAGUCGGGGGAUGGGCAGGAAAUCGCGCGCCGAGGUGGUGCGUGCUGGCUCGCGUUCUCGGCGAGUGGGAGCUGCGCAUCUACCAGGACAAGGCCGCGUCGCGGAGCGCCGCGGCCGCGCCGCUGUGGCGCGGCAAGGCCCGCGAGCUCGCGCUCGUGCCGGACGCCGGAG